AUGUUGGUUCACUGGACUACCUUACCCAUAUGUGGUGGCCUGGUGCUCGCUGCUCCAACUACUCAUGCCCCUGAUCCCACUGCACUGCUUCCACGAGUAGCUACAGCCGCAACCGUAACCACUACAUCUGCGAUGCCGACUGGCACCUUCAUGACUACGCUGCGGAACAUCGAGCCAGGCGUAACCAACGACCAUGUGACUAUCCCAGCCAACACCAUCGACAUUGUAAUUCCAACUUGCAUACAGACCAUCAUACCGGAUGCCAACGGUUACGUACCUCCUGGAACAUGCGGGGCAUUAUGGGAAUAUUAUCCCUCUUUCAUUGCUGCGGUGGUUUUUGCAGCCCUCUUCACAGCCUUGACUAUUGUGCAUAUUUGGCAGGCUGUACACUACAAAAAGGGGUGGUGUUGGGUCAUUAUCAUGGCUAGCAUCUGGGAGCUGAUCGCCUUUACGUUCCGUGCGAUUAGCGCAAAGUUUCAGCAGAGUGACGGGGUCUACUUGGUUUUCCAGAUCUUUAUUUUGUUGGCGCCACUUUGGGUAAAUGCCUUCGCCUAUAUAACUCUCGGCCGCAUGGUCCACUUUUUUCUGCUCCCGACUCGCUCCCUGUUUCGCAUACCGGCAUAUGUAUUAGCAGCCGCCUUUGUCGCCUUGGAUUUUGUGUCCUUUGUCGUCCAACUCGUGGGAGGGAGUAUGUCCGGUCCAACAUCCUCCGCUGAAGUCCAGCUCAGGGCUAUCCAUAUCUAUAUGGGCGGUAUUGGGAUGCAGGAGAUAUUCAUCGUUGGGUUUCUCUGCCUUGCAAUAAAAUUCCAGCUAGAGAUCAACAAAACCAAAAAAACCGUGGUAGAUCGCAUAGCCGCGUUGAGAGUACUAUUUGCAUUGUAUUUCUCACUGUCUAUGAUAACUGUGCGCAUCAUCUACCGUUUGGUCGAGUUCUCUUCCGGAAGUACGGAUAAUUCUAUAACGAGACAGGAAGCAUAUUUUUAUGUCCUCGAGGCUACACCCAUGGUACUUGCCAUCGCAGUGUAUAAUAUUGCACAUCCUGCCGCUAUCAUCGACGGACCGGGAUCAGACAUGCCUGGGUUAAUAUCUGUAGCCGUGGCUGCCGGGAGGGAUCUGCUAGCACGACGGACUGAAACGAAAGGCGAAAGGCUUAUGGACGAAAGUCAAGGGGAAGAAUUAUCUCAGCGGUAUAACCGCAUUGGAUAG